AUGAUUUGCUCUUGGCCACAUUCUUUUUCAUCACAGGAAUCCCUCGCUCUUCAGUGCUCUUGGUGCAAAAUCUACAUCCACAAUAAACAGUCAUGCUUCACUUCUGAUCUGCUAGAAGAGCAGUGCUACAUGGGGAUAAACGCCAGCUUGGUGGUUCCGCCAUCUUGGAUCAUCAAAAUGCCGAAAAAAAAUACCUUCAAGUCCUCCGUACGUCGGCCCUCCACCUGCCAACUUCUAUCCCCGUCCAGUCUCCAAGUCAACCAGAGACCAACCAGUGCCAGUCCUCUCGGCACCAACACCGAAGUGUCUCUGGCGGCUUCAAACUUGUCUUCAGGGCUUGUCGUCUCUAAUCGCGUCGGCACCAGCUCUUCUACGCCGGCAGAGAUCUCCAAUCUGUCCUGGGAGGCCUCGACCUUUUUGGCGCCUGGCCGGUCACCACAUUCACAGACUUUUGCAGAAACCGGUGCUGUGGAGAUGGGCAAUGGUUCGCCAAAUCUACCGAGGAUAUCGAAUCCCGUCAGCAUGGUACGUUUGUCCAGUUCCCAGCUCAACUUGCAGGUGGUGCCUGAGCUUCCUUUCGUUGUCAAAUCGGAUCCGGGCUCACAUGCCGGCCAGAAGCCGUUGCUAGUCUUUCUCAAUCCCAAAUCUGGUGGCAAUCAAGGCGUAUUGUUGCUGCGAAAAUUUCAAUGGCUCCUCAAUCCGAGACAAGUGUUCGACCUGUCGGAGGGAGGGCCCAGAAUGGGGUGA